UGUGUGUAGUCCUGAGGAGCAGCUCUGUGUCUCCUCUGACGCUGCGGCUCUUUUCUGCACAAACAAAACCGUUUUCUGCUCAAACCGCGGAUAAAAUGAACGAAGUCUCAGCGGAAGCGCGAAUCUAAAAACCCCAAAGACCCAGGAAAAAAAAAACAUCUUUAAACCCGAAAUGGAGACGCCGGGAGAAGCAGCGAGCGGCAGUUCCGUGGUGACGGAGGAGAUGAACGGAGCCGGAAACCUCAUGGACUUUUUGGACGAACCGUUUCCAGAUGUGGCGACGUACGAGGAUUUCCACACGAUCGACUGGCUCCGAGAAAAAUCCAGGGACACGGACCGGCACCGCAAGAUCACCAGUAAGAGUAAAGAGUCUCUGUGGGAGCUGAUCAAGAGUUUACUGGACGCCUGGUCGGGAUGGGUCGUGAUGCUGCUCAUAGGACUCUUAUCAGGGUCUUUGGCCGGGAUCAUAGACCUGGCCGUGGACUGGAUGACGGACCUGAAGGAGGGCGUGUGUUUGUCGGCGUUCUGGUACAGUCAUGAGCAGUGCUGCUGGACGUCCAACCAGACGACGUUCGCCGACCGCGACAAGUGCCCCGAGUGGAAGAAGUGGGCGGAGCUUAUGACCGGGAGCGCCGAGGGCGCCGGAGCGUACGUCCUGAACUACUUCCUGUACACGCUGUGGGCUCUCUUCUUCUCCUUAAUGGCCGUGUCUCUGGUGCGGGUGUUUGCUCCGUACGCCUGCGGCUCCGGGAUCCCAGAGAUUAAAACCAUCCUGAGCGGCUUCAUCAUCCGCGGGUACCUGGGGAAGUGGACGCUCCUCAUCAAGACGGUGACUCUGGUCCUGGCCGUGUCGUCCGGCCUCAGUCUGGGGAAAGAGGGCCCCCUGGUGCACGUGGCCUGCUGCUGCGGGAACCUCUUCUGCUCGCUCUUCUCCAAGUACAGCAAGAACGAAGGGAAGAGACGAGAGGUGUUGUCGGCGGCGGCGGCGGCGGGCGUCUCUGUGGCGUUUGGUGCUCCCAUCGGAGGAGUGUUGUUCAGUUUAGAGGAGGUGAGUUAUUAUUUCCCGCUGAAGACCUUGUGGCGUUCGUUUUUCGCGGCGUUGGUGGCGGCGUUCACGUUGCGGUCCAUAAACCCGUUUGGGAACAGUCGUCUGGUUCUGUUCUACGUGGAGUACCACACGCCCUGGUACAUGGCCGAGCUGCUGCCCUUCAUCCUGCUCGGAGUCUUCGGCGGCCUGUGGGGGGCGCUCUUCAUCAGAGCCAACAUCGCCUGGUGCCGCCGACGCAAGACCACGCUGCUCGGAAAGUACCCCGUCAUAGAGGUUCUGGUGGUGACGGGCGUGACGGCGCUCCUGGCGUAUCCAAACCCGUACACGCGUCGUUCCACGUCUCAGCUGAUCUCGGAGCUGUUCAACGACUGCGGCGCCUUGGAGUCGUCUCAACUCUGCGACUACGUGAACAGCAACAACGCCACGCGAGCGCUCGACGACAUCCCCGACCGCCCGGCGGGUCCCGGGGUCUACGCCGCCCUGUGGCAGCUCACGCUCGCCCUCGCCUUCAAGAUCCUCAUCACCAUCUUCACCUUCGGCAUGAAGAUCCCGUCGGGGCUGUUCAUCCCGAGCAUGGCGGUGGGGGCGAUCGCCGGGCGGAUCGUGGGCAUCGCGGUGGAGCAGAUGGCCUAUCACCACCACGACUGGAUCAUCUUCAGGAGCUGGUGUCGCCCCGGGGCCGACUGCGUGACCCCCGGACUCUACGCCAUGGUCGGGGCCGCCGCCUGUUUAGGUGGCGUUACGCGGAUGACGGUGUCUCUCGUGGUCAUCAUGUUCGAGUUGACCGGGGGGCUGGAGUACAUCGUUCCUCUGAUGGCGGCGGCCGUCACCAGUAAAUGGGUCGCCGACGCUUUCGGGAAAGAAGGAAUCUACGAAAGUCACAUCCAACUCAACGGGUACCCGUACCUCGACAUACGGGACGAGUUUACUCACAGGACUCUGGCGGCGGACGUGAUGCGUCCUCGCCGCAGUGAUCCUCCUCUGGCGGUUUUGACUCAGGACAGUACGACGGUGGAGGACGUGGAGGCGCUCAUCAAAGACACGGAUUAUAACGGUUUUCCCGUGGUCGUGUCCCGAGAGUCUGAGCGCCUCAUCGGCUUCGUCCAGCGCCGAGACCUCACGCUCGCCAUCCGGAGCGCCCGUCAGAAGCAGGACGGCGUGGUGAGUAGCUCGGUGGUCUACUUCACUGAAGACGCUCCUCUGCUCCCGGCGUCGAACCCUCAGCCCCUGAAGCUGCGGCGGGUGUUGAACCUGUCGCCCUUCACCGUCACCGACCACACGCCCAUGGAGACGGUCGUCGACAUCUUCAGGAAACUCGGACUGCGGCAGUGUCUCGUCACCAGGAGCGGUCGUCUUUUGGGAAUCAUCACGAAGAAGGACGUGCUCCGCCACAUGGCCCAGAUGAUGAACCAGGACCCAGAGUCCAUCAUGUUCAACUGAACCAGGACUGGACCGGGUCUACACCAGGUCUACACCAGGUCUACACCGGGUCUACACCAGGUCUACACCAGAACUGAACCAGGACUGGACCAGGACUACAUCAGUGUAACACUAACGUAAAAUGACUUUAAAGACUUUUUCAUUUGCUGCUGUGACUUGAAGCUCCUGUUUUCAUCUGAGUCGUUUCUCUCGUCUGUGACUCUGUGUUUCUAAUGUGAGGAAAUGUCCCGCAGUGAAACUUUAACUCUAACCUGGUGUCAAAAACCUCUGCUCGUGUUUCAGUGUGAAUCCUGCACAACUGGAGCUGUUCUCCUCAACACUUUGACUCUGUCAGGGUUAAUCAGACAAACUUGAACUGACCCGAUACGACUGGACCUGACUCGACCCGACUGGACCCGACUGGACCCGACUCUCAAAAAUCCAGUGAAAUUCAAAGUCAAAUGUGAAACUUUUUGUUGUUUUAAAAUCAUCUGGUUUUAUUUGUGUAAAAACAAAGUGGAUGAGACGCAGACGAGACCCGGAGGCGUCGUGUGGAUCUGAAGAGUUUUGACCGAGUUUUUGCCAAAUGUGUUUGAGAAAUAAAAAAAGUCCCGACUCGAUUCAGACGCCAAAUAUUUACAAAAACAAUUUUAAAUUUACAGUUUUAACUGUUGGAGUUUCACUAAAAUGAGACACAAUCUGAUUUUAAAGACAAACUGUUUCUGUUUCUGUCGUGUUUUAACAAACCAGAGUCACAAACUACAUCACAAACCAGAGUCCUGCACCUGCCCGCA